AUAAGCAAACAUGAUCUAAGUUCUAACCAUUGUUUUUUGGUCAAGUGAAAAAGAGAAAAGGUUGUCGAAGGAAAGAGUGUUGGGGUUUUAAACACAGCGGUAGUGAAGAAGAAGAGUUAAGGAAUUAGGGUUUUAGACAGAAUGACAAUGGGACUAAGGCUUUACACCGAGAGAACUGGCAAUGGUUUGGGAUUACCAUCUUUCGACGUUGAUCAAGGCGAGGUUCUCAUGCACGUAUUGCCCGCCGUCGGCAUCGUUUUCGAUAAUCGGCCUCCCGAGUUCCCCGGCACUCUCUACGUCUCCUCCAGGCAAGUGGUUUGGUUGAGUGAUGCGAACAUGGCAAAAGGUUAUGCAGUUGAUUUUCUGUCCAUGUCAUUGCAUGCAGUUUCAACAGACCCAGAGGCCUAUCCGUCUCCUUGUUUGUAUGUUCAGAUUGAUACUGGAGAUGAUGAAGAGUUAGAGAAUUCAGAUUCAGAAUGUCAUGGUGAAGAGUCUGAGAAUUUUGACCUAACUGCAGUUAGAGAGAUGAGGCUUGUACCUUCAAAUCCCAACGAAUUAGAAACUCUGUUUGAGAUAUUCUGCCAGUGUGCUGAGCUUAAUCCUGAACCAAAUGGAGAUGAAGAAGAAGAAGAGCACAACUGGUUUUUUGGUGCCGAUCAGUUGGAACAGAUGCCAGGACUUUCAGUAGCAGGAGAUGACGAAGAACAAUUCUCCUCUAUCCCACCAAGCUCAAUCGGCAACUCAAAUGGAGAUCAUGAUCAACUAGCUCGCACAGUGCUUCAGCUUCAAAUCAAUGAUCAGCGUUUUGAGGAUGCAGAAGAGAUGGAACCUGAAAACAACAAUGGUAAGCAUAGUUAGAGCUUGUACCUUAAGAAUCAGACUGUCCUGUUGUACAACUAAACCCCUGCUGUAUAUGCAAUUUUUGCGAUCCACAUCAGACAGAUUAAGCUUUAGGCACUUAGUUUUUCUUUGUAGUUUCUACUGCCCUGCUUUUGACUUGCUAGUGUUUGGAUUUUUAAAUCCUCAUACUAAAGUGAGUUUGGAUUUAUGUUGUGUUUGGUUUUUUCACAUUUUAAGAGUGGUUUGAUAACUUGUUUUGUGUCUUCACUUUCUGAAAUGGUUAUAACUUGUAAGGGUUGUAAGUGAAUUAAGAAAAAGAGGUUCAUGUUCAA